CAGAAUUACUGCAGGGCUUCCGUCCAAUUAGGAAAGCGUUACCCAGGCAACGUCAUCACGGGGCCGAAAUCCCGGAAGUGCUGAUAUAAACAAACAAAAUAUACAAGACUCAAGAAUCUUUGCACAAACUAAUGAAACGACAGACAUCGACGUCCUAAUGCUUGGAUAAAAUGGCUAAGACACUGCUAAUGCUCCAGUUCUCUCCUGUGGCCUAAGAGAGAAGAAAAGUUAUUUUCAAAAUGAUCAAUGAUAUAUCUGCUGAAGUCCCUCCCAAGAGUCCUUGAGUGUGAACAGAUCCAGAAAAGAUGGUGGACAGUCUCUGGGUGGCCUCCACAUAAUGAACAAUUGCAGCGGCCCGUCCCGGUGGUCCCACUGCAGGAAGCGAGGCGUGGAUGGGAGCAUGCGCACAGAUGAACACGAGCACACAGAAGGGAGACAUUCCAGUUUUACCACCCCAGAGAGCUCGGGUCCCGUGUCUCGCUGUGCCGCGGCGUCUGAUUGGGGCAGCCAGGUGGAGGACGACGAGAUGAGGAGGGACCUUCACAGAGACCUGCAGCGGUACAGGAGGAGGAUCUUGGCUGUCGACGCCCCCCACAGGGAGAGGAAGGCGUCCUCUGGAUCAUCUGGGAGCUGCGACUCCAAAGAAGAAGACAGCUUGGAGACGGAUGAGGGGGUGUUGCUGCGGCGACAGAAGCAGAUCAACUACGGCAAGAACACGCUGGCCUACGACCGCUACAUAAGAGAGGUCCCAAAACACCUGCGUCAGUCGGGCGUUCACCCAAAGACCCCCAACAAAUUCAGAAAGUACAGCCGUCGCUCCUGGGACCAGCAGAUCAAGCUGUGGAGGGUCAAACUGCACGCCUGGGACCCCCCCACGGACAAUGGGACCCAGGAGGACAAUGAAGAGCAGCUGGACUUCGGAGACAUCAUGGACAUUGAGCUGGACUUUCCCACCCUCACAGAGCCCGCCCCCCAGGCUGCACGCACCGGGGUUAUGGAGGACCCAGAAGGAUCAGGAACCCCGGUUAAAGUCCAGCGGAUGGACACUGCAGCGGCGUCCGACAUCGCGUAGCUUACGGGUUCAGAAAGCCCGCGGGCCUCUGGUGCUGGUUUUCAGGCGGGGAGACGAUCUGUGGCCUUCACUUGUCCUUCCCACCCCCCCAGAGAAGUUCAGGAGUUCUGCAGCUCUACCUUUUAUGCAGCUUUGUUCCACUUGAAUGGUUCUGAAGCCGGUGCUCCAGGUGACCCCUCAGAACCAGAGGAGAUGGCCAAAGAUGCAGCUUCCUCCGCUGGGUUGGGCCCUGACCUGUCUCAGGUGUUUGGAGCCCUUAGGGUUCCACUUUGUUUACCUGCAGCUUUUAAGUUCUGUUCUAAAGAUUUCAAUAAAACAAUGUUUCUGUUGACUCA